AUGCUUGGGUCCAAUGAUCCCAAGUUUACAUUCGCCACCACCCUACCACCACAGUACAUUGAGGUCUGCAUCCCUACUUCAGCCCCAUCUCCCCAACCUGCACCAUCUCCCCCACAAACGCAUUUACCACCAGAAACCCCAUGGCCACACUACAGUGCAGUCUGCACCCCCCCGCUAGCUACUCCACCCUCAAAACCAGAAUACACACCUCAAUACAUUGAGAAUCCACCAAUAUGUAUUUCUCGACACCCUGAAGCUCUACUAGCACCAAGACCGAUCUGGAAGCCCUCACCUGCUCCAAGCAGCUUCGAUUGUGAAUACGCUUCCGGUUCUGGAAAGUCUUCCUCUUGGAAACUAAGGCCAAUCUACGUUGAGGAAUCCAGCAAAGAAGAAUGUCCAUAG